CAUGAAGUUCUUCGUAGUAUUCGCUCUCCUCUUGGCUUCGGCCUACGCUUCGCCAACAAUUUUCCAAAGGGGAUUGGUUGUUCCCAUUUUGGAUGACAGCGUCGAGGGACGUAUUACUAAUGGCCAAACCGCUUCAACUGGCCAAUUCCCAUAUCAAGUUGGUCUCUCAUUGCAAGUGAGCUCUACUUCGUCAGCCUGGUGCGGUGGUUCUUUGAUUGGUAGCAAAUAUGUCCUAACAGCUGCUCAUUGUACCGACGGUAUUUUACAAGUUACCGUCUACUUGGGUGCUACACAACGCACAUCGGCCGAGCUUACAUACACCGUAUCGAGCAGUGAUAUAAUCAUCCACUCUGGCUGGAGUUCCAGGACUUUGAGGAACGAUAUUUCUCUCAUUAAAAUCCCAUCCGUUUCCUACACUAGCAGAAUCCAAGCUGUUCCAUUGCCUGCUGUUUCUAGCUCUUACUCCACUUAUGCCGGUGAUUCUGCCGUCAUUUCUGGUUGGGGACGUAUCAGCGAUUCUGCUACCAGUGUGACCAACAGCUUGCAAUACGCCACCGUACAAGUAAUUACCAACACUGUCUGUGCUUCAACAUUUGGAUCAACGUAUGUGACCAGCGGCAACAUUUGUAUCGCCACCACUGGCGGAGUAUCCACUUGCAACGGUGACUCAGGUGGCCCAUUGGU